GCUCUGCAGCCGUCUGCAGCCCAGCAGAGUGGAGCGACUGAGGGGCCCAGCUUUCACCAGGGCCUGGUUUGCAUUACUUAUGGUUUGGGGUGGAAACCAGAGGGUGACGUGUGAUUGGCUGAGCAGCAGGGAGGCGGGGCCAACCAAAGGCUGCAGCUCCACAUCUGGAAGUUGUUCCCUUAGUUCAGUCCCAGUUUGUAGAACCACAGCUGAAGAGAAGAUGUCCUUCAUCAACGUAGACGCCGGGUCUGACUUCUCCUUCCACAACCUCCCGUAUGGAGUCUUUUCCACCGACGCCAACCCCAGACAUCGCCUUGGCGUUGCCAUUGGAGACCAGAUCCUGGACCUCAGCAUCAUCAAGUCUCUGUUUCGAGGCCCGGUGAUGAGCAAACAUCAGGACGUCUUCGACCAGCCGACACUGAACGCCUUCAUGGGUCUGGGUCAUGAGGCCUGGACGGAGACCAGGAGGACUCUGCAGACCCUACUGUCAGCUCAGGAGGCCACGCUGAGGGAUGACAUGGGCCUUCGAACCAGAGCGUUUGUCCAUCAGAAUUCAGCCACCAUGCAUCUCCCUGCACACAUCGGCGAUUACACUGACUUCUACUCCUCCAGGGAUCACGCCACCAACGUGGGCAUCAUGUUCCGGGGGAAGGAGAAUGCCCUGAUGCCAAACUGGUUGAGACUUCCGGUUGGAUACCACGGCAGGGCGUCGUCUGUGGUGGUUUCUGGGACCCCCCUUCGUCGACCUUCAGGACAGAUGAGACCGGAUCAGACCAAACCUCCGGUGUUUGGGCCAUCGAAGCAGCUGGACAUCGAGCUGGAAAUGGCUUUCUUCGUCGGAGGAGGGAAUCAACUCGGGGAACCGAUUCCUAUCGACAAAGCCCACGAACACAUCUUCGGGAUGGUCCUCAUGAACGACUGGAGCGCUCGGGACAUCCAGGCCUGGGAGUACGUCCCUCUGGGUCCAUUCCUGGGGAAGAACUUUGGGACGACCAUCUCGCCGUGGGUCGUCCCCAUGGAGGCGCUGAUGCCCUUCGCAGAACCCAACCCGGUCCAGGACCCAGAACCACUUCCCUACCUUCAGCACCAAGACCCGUUCACCUUCAACAUAAAUCUGUUUGUGUCACUGAAAGGUCAGAACAUGACGGAGGCAGCCACCAUCUGUCGAUCAAACUUUAAGUUCAUGUACUGGACCAUGAAGCAGCAGCUGACCCAUCACACAGUCAACGGCUGUAACCUCAGACCUGGAGACCUGCUGGCCUCUGGAACCAUCAGCGGACCCGAUCCGGACAGUUUCGGCUCCAUGUUGGAGCUGUCAUGGAGGGGAUCAAAGAGCAUCGAUCUGGGAGGAGGAGAGAGUCGAACCUUCCUGAAGGACGGAGAUGAAGUGGUUAUUACAGGUCACUGUCAAGCAGACGGAUACAGGGUCGGCUUUGGACCCUGCGCUGGGAUCAUCCUACCUGCCCUGUAGCACUGAACGCACCCUGAAUGCACCCUGAAUGCACCAUGAACGCACCAUGAAGGCACCCUGGUCACAGUGAACCCACUGGUCUUCCGUCCAACCUACGACUGCGUUCUGACCUUCACUAUGGAUGUGGAAUUGGACCAAACUCUGCCCGUACUCUCACAUACUGUUAUUCAUGUUAUCAGCUGCAGUGAAUAAUUGAUGAAGACUCUCAGGUUUAUUGGACUCCAUCUCAGCUCCAUGUGCAGCUACACUGACCUUGUUACUGAAAUCCUCUGCAAUAUUAACCCCGUCCAGACUGAGAUUCUUCUCUAUGGUUCAGCGGUGUUACUGCUGAUCCAGGAUCAGUGUUACUAAUGUUUAUGAUGUAUAUCGGAUCCUUUUUUUUUUUAUUAUAAAGGAAACGUCCAUUU